AUCUACUUUAAUCUCUCUCAUACCCAAUUAUACAGGUUCUACACAUUCCAUUUCUCCAUGGCAAUAGAAUGUAAACAUUCUAUUUUGCGCCAAACAUCCCUACAACUCAAUUCUAAGUGCAGCAUAUUGGAGGACUCCAGCCAUUGAUCAUUCGCGACUUUAAGUCAUUCCUGUUAUCUCUAGAGCAUCCCGUAUAUCUAUAGCGCUGCAUUUCUUCCCCAUCUUACCAUGGAUAGGGUUUGGUGCAUUCCGGAGUUCACUUAUGGUCCCACAAAGGUAAUCUUAGGAUAAAUUCAUUUUAGCAUACUGUAAAUGCCUGUGCAUAAUGUGCAUAACAAAGCAUCAUUAUUUUCAUUAUUUUCAUUAUCUUCAAAGGAUUUCUGUAGAAGCAGCCUUUAUUUUCAGACUCUGCAGGCCUGCUGGGAGGAAACAUAUUACAAUAAACAGAAGAAGCUCAUGGUCCACUAUCUGCUGCUCCAGAGUCAAGGCCAGGUCCCUCCCCAUGUCACCACGGAGCACAUGAGCAACUGGCUGGGUGUGGAAGGAAACCCUGGAGGAAGGAAACGACCUCGCUCGGCUGGUAAGAGAAUGAGAGUUAGAGACAAACUACAAGUUAGUGAGCUCUUUACUAGCCUUUCAACAACGAGUUAGCACAGCAGAAUAGAUCUGUUGUGAAAUUACACCAAUGGGACUUCCUGUUUCAUACUGCAGGCCUGGGAAGUAAACACUUGCCUAAAAAUGAUGAACAUAGAGCACGAGGCUUUCUGCAAGCUCCGCCGCUCCAUGCACCCCACCUCCCCAGCUGACAUCGAUCCGAAGGUCCACAGCAUCGUGGAGAAAGCUGUGAGAAGCAUUCUGGGCGAGCAGUCCAAUGAGCCCCGUAGCAACCUGCUCAGCCCAUCUCAGGUGGUGGUGGAGGUGGUGCCCAGGCUCCUCCUGGCCCUGUGGCUUCAGCCAGAGGAAGGCCAUUCAGAGCACCCAAUCCUAAUAAGCGGGAUGGCCGUGGGCAUGGUGGCGGCCGUAGUGGAGAAGCUCUCCUGCAUGUUAAAGGACCCUUCCCCUCACAUCCCUUUCUCCCGGGCUGCUGCUUUUGACUCUGUGCGGUCGAUCCUCGGGAGAAUCAGUCAGUCCUUCUCCACCGAUGACCUGCAGAGCCCUUUUUAUAUCAGCUCUGUCUGUGGCUUUGUGGCUGACGAGGUGCAGAGCUGCUUCCAGCCCCCUGCAGCCACCCUACCAGUCCCCCCUGUGCUCACGGUGGCCGUUUCCACCACACUACCAGCUGGCAUCCAAGCAGACCCGGCUUCUUCCCACCUGGAGGUUGAGGACAUCACCCCUAAGAAAGAGGCAGAUCCGGCUUCUUCCCACCUGGGGGUUGUGGACAUCACCACUAACACAGAGGCAGAUCCGGGUUCUUCCCACCUGGAGGUUCAAGACAUCACCACUAACACAGAGGCAGAUCCUGCUUCUUCCAACCUGAAUGUGGUGGACAUCACCCCUAAUACAGAGGCAGCGCCCAUCUCUUCCCUCUUGGAGGUUGUGGACGUCACACCUGAAGAAAGGACUCUCACGAUGGCCGUCUUCGUCACUCUGCCAGCUGACAUCCAAGCAGGUGAGUAA